AUGAUCUUACCAAGUGCAAAAAGCCACUUGAAGGGAUAUGAAUUUACUUUAAGGGUCGUCGAUGGUUCGCCGAAGAACACAUCUCAAGCUUUUGAAAUUACAAGGAUUAAUGCAGGAAGGUUUCACUUCAAGUCUUCGUCUCAGCCGACUGACGAACUUACGAACAAGGCUGCCAUCGGAUCUCUCAGUAGAAGGUUUCUUUAUGGGAAUCAACAUCUCAAGGAAAUUUUCUAG